AUGGUAAAGAUGAAGAGAAAGAGAGCUAUAUUACCAGAUACUGAUGAUGAUGAUAAUAAUACAUUUAUAAAUAAUAGUGAUUAUGACAACUACAAAGAAGAAGUGGAAGAAUCCAUAUCAAUUGACCCGGUGCAACAUAAUAAUGAUAAUACAACAACAGAUUUCAUAAAUGAAGAUGAUAGUGUUAUACUAGAUCCAGAUAACAAUAGGGAAACUAUAUUACAAGACCAAGAUGAAGAAUUAGAAGAUACUACUAUUGAAACUAUAAAUAUCAAGAAAGAACCACGUCAGGAAACUCCAACUCAAAUCGAUCAGUCACCAUUUAAACAACCAAUAUUAACUCCUACUCAAAUUGAUCAACCAGAAAUUAAAAAACAAGAUUUAGAUGAUGAAGAAAAUCCAUUUAGAGUUAGUCAAAAACCAAAUUUAAAUCAUGAAGAAACUCUGACUCAAACUGACGACUCCCUAAUUAAAAAUCCAAUAUUAAAACAUGAUGUAACACAACCUAUUCAAUCACCAACUAAAAAAGGAACUCCAUCUCAAUCACCAAUUAAAAAACCAAUAUUGCAUCAUAUACCACUCAAUGAUCAUAUUGAAAAAUCACCAUCAAGAUCAAAUUCAGAUUAUUCUAUUAUAUCACAUUCUGAUCCAGAUACUGAAAAAUCUCAAAAUGGUAAUACAUCUUUAGUUAAUAUUGACGAUCCCGUGGUAUCAACGCCUAAAAAAACUUUACUUAAACAAGUUCAGAUACAACAAGAAUUUAACAAUGAUAUCGAAGAUAUAGGUAUUAAAAUACUGCCGAGAAAGAAAUUAUCAUUAGCUUAUGAAAUACCAAAAUCUAAAGAACCAAGAUUAGUCAUUUCACAACUUGUAUUAAUUAAUUUCAAAUCAUAUGCUGGUGUUCAAGUAAUUGGACCUUUCCAUUCUUCAUUUUCUGCAGUUGUUGGACCAAAUGGUUCUGGAAAAUCAAAUGUUAUAGAUUCAAUGUUAUUUGUAUUUGGAUUUAGAGCUUCUAAAAUGAGACAAAGUAAAUUAUCAGAAUUAAUUCAUAAUUCAGCGGGACAGAGGUUGGACUUUUGUCAAGUUGAUAUACAUUUUAAUAUGGUUCAAGAUGAUGACUUUGAAAAUCUGGAAAUUAUUUCGGGAUCGGAAUUAAUUAUAUCUAGAAAAGCAACGAAGAAUAAUUCUUCAAUGUAUUUUAUAAAUGGGAAAUCAAGUAACUAUACAGAAGUUACUAAUUUAUUGAAAGAGAAGGGUAUAGAUUUAGAUCAUAAAAGAUUCUUGAUUUUACAAGGUGAAGUUGAAUCAAUUGCUCAAAUGAAAGCUAAAGCAGAAAAGGAAAAUGAUGAUGGAUUAUUAGAAUAUCUUGAAGAUAUAAUUGGGACGACAAAAUAUAAAAAAUUAAUUGAGGAUUCAACUACUCAAAUUGAAGAAUUGAAUCAAAUAUGUAUGGAAAAAUCAAAUAGAUUUGAAUUCGUUGAAAAAGAUAAAGAUCAAUUAGAAGAAAAGAAAAUGGAAGCAUUAAGGUUUUUAGAAUUAGAAAAGAAAUUAGUAAAUGCUAGAUCUGUUCAAUAUCAGGUUAAAAUACAUGAAUGUAAAUUAAGAACCACGGAAAAGCAAAAGCAAAUGGAUGAUUUUAAAUCUGAAUUACAAGAAAAUAGAGAAACUAACAAAGAAAUCCUAGAUGGUAUUGAAGCUGAAUAUCAAAAACAAAAAGAAAUUGAAUCUGCAGUUAAACUAUUAGUCAAUGAAAUUGAAAAUAUAAGUAAGAGAAGAAAAGAUACAAGUAAAAAAGGAGUUUCAAUUGAUGAAAAAAUCAAGAAUAUAAAUAACAAACUUAAAAAAAUUCAAAAAUUAUUAGAAUCAUCAAAACAUGAAGUUUCAAGUUCAUCUCAAAAACAUUCAAAUUAUACAGAAGCUUCAAAUCAAUUUAGAACUGAAGUUGAAAAUUUAAAUCAACAAUUAGAAAUUGAAGAAUCAAAAUUAGAUGAAAUUAGACAAAGUUUAACUAGUAUAACUUCUGAGUUUACUAAAGAAAUUGAAUCAUUACAAUCACAAUUAUCCCCCUGGCAUUCUCAAUUGAUUGAAAAAGAAAAUGCUAUUAAAUUAACAGAAUCAAAUAUUCAAAUAAUUACAACCCAAAUGAAUUCAACUAAAAAACAACUUGAUGGACAUCGUGAAAGAUUAGCAAAUAUUAAAAAAGAAGGUAAAGAAAAAGAAAAUGAAUUAAGAGAAACUGAAGAAAAGUUAACUCAGAUAAAUCAACAAUUAUCACUUGGUGAAGAACAAGUUAAUACUCAAAAACAAAUUAUAGAUAAACUGAGAUCUCAAUUAAAUGAUUAUAGACAAAAAGUAUCAGAAGCGAAAAACUCAGUUUUCAAUUCACAAAAUAAAUCUCAAGUCCUAACUUCAUUAUUAAGAUUAAGUCAAACAGGUAGAAUUGAAGGAUUUUAUGGUCGAUUAGGUGAUUUAGGCUCAAUAGAUGAAAAAUAUGAUAUUGCAAUUUCAACAGCUGCUCCUGGAUUAGAUUCAAUGGUUGUUGAAACUGUUGAAACAGCUCAAGCAUGUAUUGAAUACCUUCGAAAGAAUAAAUUGGGAUACGCAAAUUUUAUAUGUUUAAACAAGUUGAGAAAGUUUAAUUUAUCUCCAAUUCAAACACCAGGUGAUCCAUCAAGAGUUAAACGAUUAUUUGAUUUAAUUACACCAACAAAUGAAAAAUUUUUACCUGCGUUCUAUUCAAAAAUGUAUAAUACGUUAGUCGCACCUGAUUUAAAUGAAGCUAAACGAGUUGCAUUUGGAGUUAAAAGAUGGAAAGUUGUAACUUUAGAUGGUAAAGUUGUUGAUACGAGUGGGACUAUGUCUGGUGGUGGUUCAAGACAAAGUAGAGGAAUAAUGAGAUUAAAUAAUUCAGCAAAUGUGAAUCAUGAAAUUACUGAAAAAGAAUUAGAUGAAAUGGAUAAAAAACUACAAUCAAUGGAGAAUAAAUUUGUGAGGGCAAAUAAUGAAUAUGAAGAAUCUGCAUCAAUGUUGAAAAAGCUACAAGCAUUAAAACCAGAAACUGAAUUUUCAUUAGAUAGAUUAAAAUUAGAUAUUAAUUCAUUAGCUUCAGAAAAGUCAGAAGUUUCGCAAGUUUGUAAAAAUUUAAUUGCUGAACAAGCUAAAAUUGAAGAAGAUAAUCCAUUUGAAAAACAAAUAAAUGAUAAAACACAAGAACUUGAACAAUUGAAACAAGAAAGGAAACAUAUUAAAUCAGAAAUGAAAGGUUAUGAAUUACAAAUAGCUAAAUUUGAACAAAAGAUUAUGGAUGCAGGCGGUGUUGAAUUAAAAAUUCAAAAUUCAAAAGUUGAUUCAAUAAAGCAACAGAUUUCAAUAAUCCAUGAAAAGACAAAGGGUGACAGAAUGACAAUUAAAAAACUUGAAAAUGAAAUAAAACGACAUGAAAAAAUUAUAGAAACUUCAUUAACUGAACAGAAGGAAGCAGAAGAUGAAUUAGAAUUAAUUACUGAAUCACAGAAUGAAAUAACAAAAACCUUAGAAACCUAUGAUAAGAAAUUAAAGGAGUUGGAUCAAGUCAAAGAAGAAAAGAAUAUUGAAUUAGAAUCACUCAAGUCUGAAUUAGAUGAAAAACAAGAAUUAAUUAAUAAAUUUAAAUCAUUUGAAAUUGAAAUAAGUAACAAAAUAGAGAAACUCGAUAUGUCACUUAGGAAACUUCGAUCAAUAAUAGACCAGAAUGAAAAGUCAUUAAAUAGUAUAAUUAUUCGAGACACAACUCCAUAUAUAUAUUGGUUAGAUGAAUCAGAACAAUCAAAAUAUAAUAGUUCACAAAUUGUUCAAUUAUCAGAAGAACAAAUUAAUAAUUCAGAUUUAGAUUCAAUAAAUUCCGAAAUUGAAGAAUUGGAAAAUUAUAUGAAACAUGUAAGAAUAGACAUAGAAAUUUUAAAAGAUUACGGAGUCAAGAUAGUUGAAUAUAAUGAAAGAAAAACAGACUUGAACACAGCUGUCGAACAACGAGAUCUCAAAAAGGACUACUGUGAAGAUUUGAAACGGAAGAGACUUGAUGAAUUCAUGGUUGGUUUCAAUACAAUUUCAAUGACUUUAAAAGAUAUGUAUCGUAUGAUAACAAUGGGAGGAAACGCAGAAUUAGAACUUGUCGACAGUUUAGAUCCAUUUUCUGAAGGUGUUGCAUUUUCAGUCAUGCCUCCAAAGAAAUCAUGGAGAAAUAUUUCAAAUUUAUCAGGUGGUGAAAAAACAUUGAGUAGUUUAGCUUUGGUCUUUGCUUUACAUACGUAUAAACCAACUCCAUUAUAUGUAAUGGAUGAAAUUGAUGCAGCUUUGGAUUUUAGAAAUGUUUCGAUUGUGGCUAAUUAUAUUAAGGAAAGGACUAAAAAUGCUCAAUUUGUUGUGAUUUCAUUAAGGAAUAAUAUGUUUGAAUUGGCUAAACAAUUGGUUGGGAUUUAUAAGGUUAAUAAUAUGACUAGAAGUAUAUCAAUUAGAAAUGUUGAAUUACAAGAGUUUAAAAAAUUGCAAUGA